AUUAAAAAUUAGCUGAGAGAUUGGAGUGAGGUCUGGAAUAAAACAUUUUGGGCGAAAACAAAACACAGAAGCAAGUUAUUGGAUUUAGCUACAUAACAGCACGUAUUACAACCUAUAGGUUGAAUCGAUAUAUCGAGAAGAUUUGAGUUCAGUGCCAUCAUUGGUUAUUCAUUUCGCUAAACGGACUUACUUGUUAGUUGUUAUUGUUCAUUCGUCAAGAAGAAGAUUCAAUUUCACUCAUGAAGGUUUUCAGUGUAUUGAUACUUCUUUCAUUUAACGACUGGUGUUUUGGUCGUUCCGUGGAACCAGCCACGAUAAAGGAGCGAUUUAGAAGGGCUAAAUAUGCAUUCAAGUUUCGCGUAAUAUCUGAAACAGUUGAAGAGUGCUUCGAUGCCACCGUCUCAACAACGACAGUAAAGACAACGGACUCUUCCACAGCCCCUACACCAACAACAGCCUUUGCGAAGGAAACAACUCAAAAAACGUCAAACAGUUCAGAUCAUCGUCAAACUCCCAUUAUCAAUGAAAUAUCAUCAAAGCCAACGCUUGAUAUAAGCAAUAAGCUCUCGGGAAAAACAGCGAAACCAACCGCAUUGGAAGUUGCAACUGUUGACGUGAAAAUAACAAAUCUAAAGACGAAGUCACACACAGAAAGUCAGAAUCAUAAUGUCUUUUCAACUACAGUCUACGUGCCUGCCAGCACGGUAACCCCAAAUCAAGGCAAUGUUUUUAGCUCAAUGCCAGCAGAUAAUACCGAAAACCGGGUAAAUUCUACAGAAAGCGUGGGACAGGGGCGCAGAAAGCGUAGUUGUGAUUAUCUGAUACGCUACCAAAGGAUUCGCAUUGGAAGAAAACACAUUUACAAAGGAUGCAAGGAGAUUAAUAAAAUGAAUCGAGUUGAAAAAAUGAAUCCAAUAUAUUUGAAGUCAGCUGUCAGAUUGCAAAUGGGCUACAAGGGGAAAAAGGAAAACAGGAACUAUUUUUUCAUGGGAAGAGAAGUUCCUGGUGAACACCCCGAUGAUUACGUGUUCAUGGCUGAUGAACUCACAGUCGUCAAGUGGAAACCAAAGGCCUGGAAAUUAAAGAAAUAUUUCAGAUCGAAUGGUGAACGAUGUGAUUAGAUCAGCUGUAUAGUGAUAAAUGUUGAAGUUUUUUAAUGUUUGUACUAGCAUAAUACGGAAAAAUAAUAAUAAUACUACCGUUUAAUAAAGGUUA